AUGGGCCUCAAGGAAGAUCUGAACUACGAUCCUCCAUGCCAUCCUCGAGCAUGCGCUAUCCAAGCCUGCCUAACCAAAAAUUCGUAUCGCGAAGACAAGUGCCAAGCGCAAAUCGAUGCCUUAUAUGAAUGCUGUAACGCUUUCUACCAGAAGGAAGGCGACGAGGGCAAGACCGUGAGCUGUCCGAAAGCCAACCUGUUGCGAUUGAAGCUGAAGCAACGGGCGGAGGCACGGGGCUGA